AGCCAAACUCUUAUGAAACAAAGUAGUGCAGCAGCAGGUAGAGAGAGACGAGAGGGAUCCGCCGGUAGCGGCCACUGACCGUGCAGAAAGCACUACCCAGCACACCAAAACCGAGGAAGAAAUGCUACUUUCUUUGGGUUUGACAUAAAUAUCACCUUCGGGGAGGCAGCACACGAAUAAGAUGGCCCCCAAUUCCAUACACUGGUUCCGGAAGGGCCUCCGUCUCCAUGACAACCCUGCACUACGGGAGGCGGUCCGGGGGGCGGGCACAGUGCGCUGUGUUUACUUCCUGGAUCCGUGGUUUGCUGGUUCCUCCAACGUAGGGGUCAACAGAUGGAGGUUCCUCCUCCAGUGCUUGGAGGAUCUGGACGCCAACCUUCGGAAACUCAACUCCCGCCUUUUUGUCAUCAGGGGCCAACCAGCCAACGUGUUCCCGCGGCUCUUUAAGGAGUGGAAGAUCUCUCGGCUGACCUUUGAAUAUGAUUCUGAGCCGUUCGGGAAAGAGAGAGACGCUGCCAUCAAGAAGCUGGCCAUGGAGGCAGGGGUGGAGGUCAUCGUCAAAAUAUCACACACCCUCUACGACCUGGACAAGAUCAUAGAGCUGAACGGCGGACAGCCUCCUCUCACCUACAAGCGUUUCCAGACCCUGAUCAGUCGACUGGAUCCUCCCGAGAUGCCCGUGGAGAUGCUGUCGGACGCACUGAUGGGUCGCUGCGUCACCCCGAUCUCUGAGGACCACGGAGACAAGUAUGGAGUCCCAUCCCUGGAGGAACUGGGCUUCGACACAGAGGGCCUUCCAUCAGCUGUGUGGCCGGGUGGGGAGACUGAGGCUUUAACUAGGAUAGAGCGCCAUCUGGAGAGGAAGGCGUGGGUGGCCAAUUUUGAGCGUCCCAGGAUGAAUGCCAACUCGUUGCUGGCCAGCCCUACAGGCCUCAGCCCGUACCUGCGCUUUGGCUGCCUCUCCUGUCGCCUCUUCUACUUCAAACUCACUGACCUCUACCGCAAGGUAAAAAAGAACAGCUCUCCUCCGCUCUCCCUGUAUGGCCAGUUAUUGUGGCGUGAGUUCUUCUACACCGCGGCGACCAACAACCCUCGCUUCGACAAGAUGGAAGGAAACCCCAUCUGCGUCCGCAUCCCCUGGGACAAAAACCCAGAGGCACUUGCCAAAUGGGCUGAGGCUAAGACAGGCUUUCCCUGGAUAGAUGCCAUCAUGACUCAGCUGAGGCAGGAGGGUUGGAUUCAUCAUCUAGCCAGGCAUGCGGUGGCCUGCUUCCUUACUAGAGGGGACCUAUGGAUCAGCUGGGAGGAAGGGAUGAAGGUCUUUGAGGAGUUGCUUCUAGACGCAGACUGGAGUGUGAACGCGGGCAGCUGGAUGUGGCUGUCCUGCAGUUCAUUUUUCCAGCAGUUUUUCCACUGCUACUGCCCCGUGGGCUUCGGCCGGCGCACCGACCCCAACGGGGACUUCAUCAGACGAUACUUACCUAUCCUCCGAGGUUUUCCUGCUAAGUACAUCUACGACCCGUGGAACGCUCCCGAGUCCGUGCAGGCGGCCGCCAAGUGCAUAAUCGGCGUCCAUUACCCGAAGCCCAUGGUGCACCACGCAGAGGCAAGUCGGCUAAACAUCGAGAGGAUGAAGCAGAUCUACCAGCAACUAAGCCGAUACAGAGGACUGGGCCUGCUGGCAUCAGUGCCGUCCACCAACGGAAAUGGAAACGGAGGAAUGAUGGCCUACUCUCCUGGAGAGCAACAGCCAGGGACCAACAACAACAACAACAAUUCACACUUGCCUGGAGUGUCAGGGAGUUCUGUUGCAACAGCUAACGGCAGUGGAAGCAUCCUACUUAACUUUGACAGUGAAGAACAAACUGGUCCUAGCGGUGUUGGACAACAGCAACAACGGCUACAGCCGCUGCCACAGCAACAGCAGCAGCAACAGCAGCAGCAUGGAUACCAUUCAGUGCCAGACGCCAGCCAGACCAUCACCAGCAGCCGACUCUACCAUGAGUUCGCUGUGCCUCAACACCCAGGACUCCUGCACACCAGAGGCGGCAUCACAGGAAAGCGGGAGCGUGAGUCGGAACGAGACGGGUCGGGGGAAGAAGACCCAUCAUCCUGCUCAUUGCACAAGAUGCAGAGGCAGAGUGCAGAGACUACCUAGAGCAGGUGGAGAUGCGACUGUCUGAACCCUCAUUGGAGUUACCCUACGGCCAGCAGAGAGAGGAAACCCCAACGUCGCCACCUGUCCUCCGAUCACACUCAGUCCCAGACGUGACCAACUCCCGCUGGAAGACACUGCAUCUACAACUGCUCUCUGUCUUUUCAGUCCUAAAUUCCCCGGGGUGUAAACACAAAGGUGAAAAUGUGAUUCUUUGGCAACUUCUAGAAGGGCUUUUACAUCAGAGUCCAUAGACAUCUGGACUCUUGCAGUCGGGUACAGGAAGGUGAGACGACCAUAGAGGAAUGUUCAAAGAAAGAAAACCUCAGACUUACAGCUCGAUCAAUUAUUUGUAAGAAAAGAUAAAUCAAUAAAUAAAACACGUUGUCUUAAAACUGCUGCCACCAGCCGGUAAAUAUUGUAUAAACACUAAAGCAGCUAUAAAUGUAAGUAGUGGAAUAUUUUGUUUAGUUACUUUUUUUUGUUUUUUUUCCCCCCAAUAAAUCCAGCGCCAUCAAACACCUUGUCUGCAUAGUUUGGUAUGAAACCAAGCUAACCGUGUCAGGGUUUACUGAGAAUCUUUUUCUACAACUUUGUCGUAUGUUUGUCCUAGUGUGCUACAUCCCAUACUGUUAAACAAAAAAAAAAACCCAGUCGUCGCCACCACUCCAGCUGAUCAGCCAGUCUUACUCCAGAAAUAUGUUGUCACAACUGCAAUAGCUUUUACAUUGGAAACACACUGUUUAUAGCGUUUUGUAUUUUUCGGGUUUGUCCAAAAUAAAACUCUUGUUAAUAGGCUAGUUAAAUUUUCACCAAAAUAGUUAGAAUAAAAUAGAUUCAAAAUAUGAAGACAAGGUGUCAGGAAUAUUAAUUCUCUUAUAGUUACCUUGAUUUUACCAGACAAAGGCACAGGUGCAGCCAUGGUAUAACCAGGCAUUUCCUUUCAGGGACUCGGCUGAGUCAUUCCUCAGUUUCUGUCUCACUAGUUUGCAUGUGGCACUUUGACACAAUUGCGACUAUUCACAUUUGGGUUCACGGGAACAUCUACCACUGCCUGAUUAGGACAUGCCAUCACUUGAUUUGUAUCGGCAGCUAUAAACAGAGAUUCAUAGGUUUGUUUGUUUUUUUGAUUCCAAGCUGCAAACUAUUCAAGACAUGGAUUACAUAUAUACAUGGAUAAAAGAUGUCAAACCGGUUUCCUUUCUUGGUCUUUCUGACGUGUUUACAGUGUGUUACUAUCAAUUGUUUAAUGUACUUUUUGUUAGGUUAGUGUGGCUGUAAAAAAAAAAAAACAGCAAAGUCUUUUAGGAUGUGGCAUUAAGGGUACUAGAGUUCUUGCGUGGCUUUCUUUGUAGCUCUUUUGUGUCAUGGCGUGACAUCUGUCAGAGGUGGACAUGUAGCUGAACACUUAGAACUCCUGAUCUUCUAGGAUAUUCAAUUUUUCACAAUUUCCAUCCGUCAAACAUCAGCAUUCUCUGUUCUGUUGAGAAUGUCUUUUUUUUUUCUUACCAUCUUCAUAUUUAUUUCAAAUGUUGUUAUGCUAUCCCAGAAUUGUUCCCAACAUUAUUAAUUAUGUACAGAUUUCACAGUAAUAGUGAUUUGUUGUAGAAUAGCUAUUUUUUUAGUGCUCACCUCACAGCUGGUGGUCUGCUACAUUGUUUUUGAUUUCGCCCUUCAAAAGUCAGUCACAUUUUCACCUUUCUGUUCAACUCCCAAUCAAAUCUCCAUAGAUUAUGCCUGUAGAAGUAAAAAAAAAAAAAAAAAAUCGCUUCGGAGUAUCUCUGUGGCAUUCUGUGGUGUUGGAAAAUGUUUUUUGCUGUGCAACACAUUCAACUACCAAAAAAAAAAAAAAAAAACGAGCAACGCAAGAAGUUGUGGUUUGAGGUGAGGGCAGAGAACACAGGCAGUUGGUUGCAAUCUCCUCUCAAAGGUGUCACAUUUUUCUAAGAUUUCUUAUAAAACCAAAAACUCGCUAAACAAAAAGGAAGAAAAAAAUAAAACUAAGUUGAGUCGACAUAAUAAAAGACAGGCGACAGCAUCUGAUCCAAAUGAGCCUAAUUCUGUUCAGCAAAGCAGAAACCAACAUUCCUCAGAAUAGAAGAAUACCCUCCUGAUGAAGGAUCUCUACUACUGUACAAGGAGUUUAACAAUAUAUACGAAUGGCUGCUUGCGACAUUUUGCGACCUGGAUAGUUUUGAAAGGAAAAUCUGGGGCAACCCAAUAAUGGACAUGUGUUUUAGGCCUGUACAACACGGCCACAACGCCCUGAGCAUUGAUUCCUGGUUGGGGAUCAUUUGCUGUAUGUGUGUUCUGGUUCCCCCAGGUUUAAUGACUCUCUGCACAGUCACUAUCCCAUAAAGGCAUAAAAAAUGGCCCAAAAAUGAAUCUGACAAAACGGCGAACAAGUAAAUCUCACAAUAUGGCCGUUAUUGAAAGUAAAUAAAAGGGGUCGCAAAAUGGCCCAAACUGUCUACGGGAGGAUUGCGUAACAGCAUCAGAAAGAUGAAGCUGGUGUCUUAUUUCGGUUCCAUCCACCCUCAACUAUUACCUUUACUCCUGUUAAGAAGAAUGCAGUUGAACUGAACCAGAGAAUGUAUGAUACCCCCUGUAAAAUACCCCCAGCAGCUUCUCUUGCUGAUGUUAAUACCCCCACCCUGCACACACACACACACACACACACACACACACACACACACACACACACACACACACACACACAUAUAUAUACAGAACACAAUAUUUGCAUAUACAUAAUGUUUUUAUUGAAUGACACCAUAAACUCUCUUAUUUUUAAAAACAAUGAGGACUCAUCUCUGCAUUUGAUAAAGAUGGCAUCACACAUGAAAGAAAAAAUAAUGCAUACACACAUUUAUCGUGAAUUAUGUUCCAGCACAAGCCUUUUAUAUACACAAACAUACACAUAGUUAAAUCACACACACACAUACACAAUUACCUCUACUUCACACACAGCAUUGCCACAAAUCACUUCAAUGCAGACACAAGUGCAUGUCUACUACACACACCCCCACACGCGCACGCACGCACACACACACACACACACACACCCUUCAUAAUGGUUGGACGGGAGAACACAUGGUUUUGUAAAUUCCGCGUAAAGGCCCAAUCUGCGAUGUGACAUCUAAUGUGAAAUCACUCGAGACGAUUCAAAGACACAAGACGCUGACGUAACAUUUUGGGUUCCCCACUGCUGCAGAUCAUCACAGCUGUCCUUAAACACACACACUUUUAGCAGUCAAAGACACUACUCCUGUGAUUAACUGAUCUAGUUCGACACAUCCUGCAGAUUGGGGCUGGAGAUGGUGGCUUGUGAGCGCCCUCCUGAAAAGCCUCUGGUUUCAGUGGAGCCGUGAUGACGCGUGUCUGUGUACAGUACUUGAUAUUUGUUCAUCUGUGAUCGUACUGCCCUCGGCUUCAGGAGUAAUGUAGAGGGUGGGGAAAAGGGGACAUGUAGGGGAGGGAGGGUUAGAUUUUUUUUUUUAAAUGUUUCUGUAUUAUAUUUCUGUAUGUUCUCAAGAAAAUUUAACAUUAGGUUGUUUUUUUUUCUUUUGUAGCUUUUAUCACUAUGGAAAAACAAGUUGAACCAAGUUUUUAUUCUCGCUUUUAUUUCUUUUUUUUUUUGUUCUCCCUUCUUUACCAUGAAGGUGAGAACAGAUGCCAUCUAUCAUCUCUGUAAUAUUAUGCUCUUUCUCGGUCUCUCCUUGUGUUGUGAAAGGCUUUUCUUGUGCUUGAUCAAGUUCAUGACAGGAAAUUAAAAUUGUUACAACUGAA